AUGGCCGCUGCUGCAGCAGGAAUAAACAAGCAGGGCGCCGUAGCGACGAUGGAGCCCUGUAUCCGACACGGGAGAGGGGCUAGUGGAAACACCGUGAAGGUGCUGGAGUGUGGCGUUUGUGAGGAUGUCUUCUCUCUCCAAGGGGACAAGGUCCCACGUCUUUUGCUUUGUGGUCACACGGUGUGCCAUGAUUGUCUAACCCGGUUGCCCCUCCAUGGCAGAGCGGUCCGCUGCCCCUUCGACAGACAGGUCACUGAGCUGGGAGACUCUGGAGUUUGGGGGCUGAAGAAAAACUUUGCUCUGCUUGAGCUCUUGGAGCGACUCCAGAAUGGAGCCUCCAACCAGUCGGGGAUGGCAGAGGACGCCCUGAAAGGCAUGGGAGAAUGUAUAAUCCGGUGUGAUGAGGACGAGAGCCACACGGCCUCUAUGUAUUGCACCGUGUGUGCCACCCACCUGUGCGCCGAGUGCUCCCAGCUCACCCACUCCACCCGCACGCUGGCCAAACACCGCCGGGUGCCGCUGGCCGACAAGCCUCACGAGAAGACCCUGUGCCCACAGCAUCAGGUCCACGCCAUCGAGUUUGUGUGUUUGGAGGAGCCGUGUCAGUCUGGGCCCCUCAUGUGCUGCGUGUGCAAGGAGUACGGCAAGCACCAAGGACAUAAGCAUGCUGUCCUGGAGACUGAAGCUAACCAGAUCCGUGCGUCUAUCCUGGACAUGGCCCACUGCAUCCGCACCUUCACAGACGAAGUAUCCGAGUACUCCAGAAAGCUGGUGGGCAUCGUGCAGCAGAUAGAGGGCGGAGAGCAGAUAGUAGAGGACGGAGUGGGCAUGGCACACACUGAACAUGUCCCCGGCACGGCAGAAAGCGCUCGCUCAUGUGUCCGGGCGUAUUUCGCCGACCUCCACGAGACGCUGUGUCGACAGGAGGAGAUGGCACUGAGCGUAGUGGACGCUCACGUGAGGGAGAGGCUGAUUUGGCUGAGGCAGCAGCAGGAGGACAUGACCAUCCUGCUGUCUCAGGUUUCCACCGCCUGCCUGCACUGCGAGAAAACACUUCAGCAGGAUGACUGCAGAGUGGUGUUGGCUAAGCAGGAGAUCAACUGUUUGCUGGAGACUCUUCAAAAGCAGCAGCAUCAGUUCACAGAGCUGGCCGAUCACAUUCAGCUGGAUGCUGGCAUCCCUGUCACCUUCACUAAGGACAACCGAGUCCACAUUGGCCCAAAGAUGGAGAUCCGUGUCGUAACUCUGGGGCUGGAUGGAGCCGGAAAGACCACCAUCCUGUUUAAGCUAAAACAAGAUGAGUUCAUGCAGCCAAUCCCAACCAUCGGUUUCAAUGUGGAGACGGUAGAAUAUAAGAACUUGAAAUUCACUAUCUGGGACGUGGGAGGAAAACAUAAGCUGAGGCCUCUGUGGAAACACUAUUACCUGAACACUCAAGCCGUGGUGUUUGUGAUCGACAGCUGCCACAGGGACAGAUUGAUGGAGGCUCACAGUGAGCUCGCCAAACUACUGACGGAGAAGGAGCUGAGAGACGCCUUGCUGCUCAUCUUUGCAAACAAACAGGAUGUUCCUGGUGCCGUGUCCGUGGAGGAGAUGACGGAGCUGCUGAGCUUACACAAGCUGUGCUGUGGGAGGAGCUGGCACAUUCAGGGCUGCGACGCCCGCAGUGGGAUGGGUCUCCACGAGGGGCUGGAUUGGCUCUCCAGACAGCUGGUGGCUGCUGGCGUCCUGGACGUCGCCUAAAUGUCACCUACCCUCUUCAUCUCUACUGACUCUCUGCCCUCGACAACUGAACCUAAACAUUAACUAUAACGGCUCUAAGCCCGCCCUCCUCAUCUUUCCUUCUUUCUGCACCAUUGCGGGCAAAGAAAACAAAGAUGUAAAUACUUUCUCUCUUUUUGUUUUGCUGAAUCCAUAGAUGGAGUAGACUAAAACCUCCAGCAGUAGGAUCCAACCUACACAAAGGGGGGUUAUUUAACAUAUUAUGGGGUCUAAAGCUGUGUUUCCACCAAGCAGUCUGGUUCAGUUCAGUCCAGUAUGGUUUGAAAGUAUUUGGAUUUCCAUAGUCAAAAGGUGGGAAAGGUACCAAAAUAAUAGACCCAUGCUGUCCUACUUCUUUGGCACCUUUUGUUGAAGCACCAAGUGACCCUGAAAAGUGGAGCUGGACUCACUGCGGUCUGCUGAUUGGUCGAAAUAAUCUUCCCUUCUUUUGCAACAGCAGAAAUAACGGGCAAAUGCAAAAUGGGGCGUGUCUUUCAAGGGGAUGAACAGGUUUUCUGGGUGUACUGCAUUUAAAUACAUUUAAAUGCACAAAACCUCCUGCUGUCUUGCAGUAGCAACUGCAUUAGCGAGUGUUCAUAGAGAGAAAGAAGCAUUGAUAUCUUGUAAAAUCCCUACAAAUUUGAAGCUGAGACCCAAAUAUAAACUGCUGUUAAAGCUUAGCCUAGCAUAGCAUGGCAUAAAUAUGGAUAACAGAGAUGUAUGUAGAGUCUGAUGUCUCUUUCUGGGCUUCUAACAUGCAGCUAUAUAGGCACCAUUUUCGAGCCGCAGAUCAAAAUAAAUGUUGGCCUUUGACUGUAGGAGGUUUACACAUUUUAGAUAGUCAUAAGUUACUGAAAUGUGACUCGAUUUAAAGCCUUUUUCGCCCCAAAUGUCAGCAUCAACGACUCGAAAAUCCUAAUAUAAGGAAAGUGUGUGGGGAAAAUAAGCUCAGUCUUUCUCAGUAGAAAAGAGUCAAUCUAAACUGACAAAGUUACGAGCUGCAGGUAUCGUUUAGGAACAAGCUGGCUGACUCUUUAAAUUUGGGUCAAGUUUGAGAGCCAGUUUCCUCUCCUUUUAUUUCUGGUGUUUAAAAGCCAAUAAGGUGCCUCAAAGGUUUGUCUGGAAGCUGUCAGACUGGCCGUAUUACCGAGCUGAGCCAAAUGAUCCCCGUCACUAUGAGCAAAGGCAGGGUGCAGGAAUACAAGCAGGAUAAGGGUUAACUUAACAAAACCAUGCCAGACUACUGAGUCAAACCAGACUGUUUGGUGAAAACGCACAAUAAAUGACUAAAAGGUACAAAAAGUACCUCAGUUUAUCGCUUCAGCUAGCAGAUGUAAAACAUCUGUAACAGGCUGCAGGGUAAUCAAACAUGAUUGAUGAUCAAAAUUUGUCUGCUAAACUUUUAGUUUUGUCACCAACAGGCUCAGAUUUUCAUUACUGAGUACUACAGAAAGGAUGACUACAGAGGUUGAGCUUCUUAAUGAAUAACAUCCCCUUUUUAAACAGUAUGUACAUCACUCCUUUAGGCUUCUGUGAGGAUUUCUUGCUGGUUAUUAAACAGACAGAUUAGUAUUUAUUCUUAUUGACCUCCAAAAGCAAACAAUAUCAUCACCAACAAAAUCCCCUGUUUCCAUGUUGUCAUUUUUAACACAAUUACAUGCUUCUAAAGAAGCAACCAGUUUCCACCUGAGGCUGAACAGGUCACAAGAGCAGCAUGCUUUACCCCUACCUUUUGAUUUCACGUGCCCCCCGUCCUUUGAAACAGAGUUAGAAAGGGUAGAGGUGAAAACUUCCACCUACGUAAUGGGACGACUCUUAAAGCUCCUGUUUCAUCAGCAUUUGCGACAUUUCUACUGUGAGCUUGUUAAAAAUGAAAAGGACCAUUAUGCAUUUAAACAACUAUGAUACUAAAUUUACACAUCUUGAUGAUUUGCAAGGCAUUCUGGAAGAUUUCACAUUAUACUCAGUUUGAAGUGUGCCUCUGAAAAACCUCCAUUUAUAAGGGCUGUGUAGCAGGGUGGGAAAAUAGCACCCAUCAACAGCCAAAUGUGAAUAUUUUUGAACAGUGCCAGUGGAAUUUGCUCAACUUAGCAACCACUGGGGCAGGUAGUAAAAGCAGCCUAACCUGAAAGAGUAAUUACACGCUAACUGACCAAAAGACCCUGCCUCUUCCUCCCUGUCAGAGCUGGCGUCAUAUGUUUAAUGGCAGCUGUGUCCUAGGACAGUUUAACUCAAUAUCAUAUGAGAGUAGAUCUCUGCUGCAGCUAGGGGUCUGAACUAAUGUCUUGAGUCAAAAAAAUGUAAAAAAAAAAAAAUAAAUAAAUAAAAGCCAGAAUUUUGAGUCAAGGCUGCUGAAAGCAUGCACAAAAUAUUAAAACACAAGCAAAACUGCUAAAACGUAUGAAUUCACACUGCCUCCAUAGGAAGUACAGCAGACAUUUGCAUGGUCGAGUACAGGACAAAUUGGUCAAAAUGAGCAACGGAUUGUUUUUGCAACAGUUCCCUCUUAUUAAACAGCCUGUAACUUGAAAACUAUAAGCCUUAUACCUCAUCAAAAAAUGCUGCUUGUUUAAUUGAAUGGCUGGUAAAAAAUGUUAGUACCUGGUAGAUUUUUUUUAAUCCAUCAGCCACAGCUGCAGGUAGAUGGAAAAAGGGAGUUCCAGCCUUGCUGUGUAGCCCCAGAACUUCACCCCUUUUCAUAAAGACAGCAAACAUCCAUACCUUUAAAAAAAAAAAAAGCAGAGGCACUAACGAUUUCUUGGUUUUAAUAGCCAAAAAAUGCAAGCAGACUCCUGCACUCUGCCUGAAAUUUAGACAAAUUUUUGACUCUCUUUUGCUCCAGGUAUCUUUUCAUUGGCAUUAUAAAUGAACAUCUGACAGUUGUUUAAAAGUUUCUGUAUUUCUCGGGGCUGCGUAGGGGGUUAGCUCUGUUGCCUCACAGUAAGAAGGUUCACUUCCUAGUCUGGGCCUUUCUGUGUGGAGUUUGCAUGUAUUCCCCAUGCAUGCGUGGACUCCCCGGAUUCUCCGGCGUCCUCCCACCACCAGACAUGCUAGUUAGGUUAAUUGGUGACUCUAAAUUGGCCGUAUGAGUGAGCUGAAUUGCGACCAGGCCAGGGUGUGCCUUGCCUCUCACCCAAUGGCAGCUGGAAUCGGCUCAAGCCCCCAUGAAUCUGAACAGGAUAAGCAGUGUAGAAAAUGGAGGGAUGUACUCAUCAGCAAUCAAACUAACAUGGAUUGUGUUGUUUUAAUUUAUUUGGUUAAAAUUUGACAACUUUAGUUAAGAAAGCAGGAUGUUCUGCUUGGUUCUAAAUCAACCGAAACAAUCUGAGCCUGUCGGUGGCCACACUUUGCCGAAAAAAGUUUAAGGGUGAAUUUCUGACACUUAAUACCUUUUAGUUCAUUAGACCCUAUUAUGUUAAAUUACGGUAGGUCAAUACAAGCGAAACUGCACUCUAAAGCCCUUUUCACACAUGGAGACCUGAAAGUUUUUGGAAAAGUUCACACUUGUCCCUCAAAGCAGGAAAUUUUCUUGCAUUUUACCAAUGAGUGAAUGGAGGAGGUAGGGGGACAUGAGGGCAAAUUCAGGGUGGAAAACUGCAUUCACAAAUGCAGCUCACCCAGGUAAAGUCAGGAAAUCUUCCAAAGUUUUGUGCAUGUGUGGAAAAGCCUUUAGACUACCAAAAUUCCAUCCUGCUUCUGUUUUUAUGCGGCAUUCAUGGUCUAUACUUUGCUUUCUUCACUUUUCGUUGUUACAAGGUGUUUGUCUGACAUGUAAAGCUAUCAUACUUAGCUCCGUUAACAAUGCUCACUGCACCCUGAAAGAGUGGACUCCACCUGUACUCUCUCUCAUACAUCAUUUAUAAUAACCUCCACUGUAUGUGACAGUAACCUUAACUAAACUCAGUAGUUUUAAUGGUAAUUGCAGCAUCAUUUACGCAACUGUCAGUCCGUUAAUUUGGAGCAGCAACCUUCUCUGUUAAAUCCCUCUCAUCUGUGAGAUGGGACAGACUUGCUGUUUAUAAAUUGAGUUUCUGUGGCUUCAAAAUGAUGGUCAGAUGUUCAAAUUUUGCCUUGGCAUCUUCAGCAGCUGUUGUCUCAUGGCGUUUUCUUCUUUUUAAGUGUAUAUGAAGCUAUUUAAUGCCACAGCUGGUCUUGAAAUGGCGCACCAGUUGAAUUUUUUUGGUUUGAAUGUCGUGUUUUCUGUUACAGAACUGUUUACUGAACUUAUUUAUGAGCGUGAACUUUGAUACGAGGCCGUUGGGAGAACUUCAGAGUCUUUUUAUGCACCGAUUCUGCCUCUGUUUCGUGGAGUUUGUCGCACGCAGAAUUUGUGAAAUGCACUUGUUUGCUGCCUCACUACCAGUUUUUAUUUGGAAGCUAAUUAAUCUGCUGUUCCUUAGUAGACUUGAGUAUUACUCACUACAAAACAAAACGUCUUGUGAAAGUAUUUAAACAUUAACAGGUCCUAUUUGUGCAGACUAGACAGUGCACCUUUAAUCUACAGCCUUCAGUUAUAAUGUGAACCGUGGUGAAACAUUGAACCUAACACUGACACACUCGUCUUGUAAUAUUAAGAAACCAUCAUUUGACUUUAAGUUCAUCUUUAUUCAUUGCUAUGUAAUGUUAACUGUUUGUAUCUAUGUAUAAAAUUUAAAAAUGCACGUGUGAAAAGCCUUUCCAUAGUUUGUGAACAUUUCCAUUUGUUUUUUGAAACAUAGAAGCACAAUGCGCAUCGAAACCUUUGUUACCAGUCGACUUGAUGAUGGCUUUUGUAAAUUAUUCAUAAUGUGAUGCUGUAAAAUAAACUAAUUGAACUGA